GCGCCCCCUGCUGGAAUGAUCGGUUGGUGUCACCGGCUGAACUCGUGUUGUUACCGGUUAUAUUCCGCUGUUCCCGGUUCGGAUCCGGUCAUCGGUGAGGCUGGAGAUGUCGGAGCGCAUGGCCGCUCGUUUGUCCGCUCAGGAGGAGCAGAUCGAGGCGCUGAGUCGUGAGAUCCUCCGCCUGCAGGACGGACUGACCGGCGGAUUCCUGAGCUGCGACCCAAGCCUGGACGCGCUGCGAGCGGAGAACGAGAAGCUCCGGUACCGCGCUCUGCACCUCCGCCGGAGCCUCCGAGAGGAGCAGCAGCUGCAGGAGCGGGACCAGAGCCAGAGGACCAGCUCACAGAAGAGCCAGAACAAACCUGAAGAACUAAAGGAGAAGAUAAAACCAAAUAAUCAAAAGCAUGUAGGUAAAUAA